AUGGACUUGUCUUGUCCGAUCGACCCAAUCUACCUCGCUGGGUUUGCUACCAAGUGUAUAAUGCCCAGUCAAGUAUCAAAAUUUACUCCAGAGUCUUUCCACCUAUUGGAUUCGUAUGCGUCACACCGAGAUACUCUGGUGGAAAUUGCAUGUAAGGAGCGAUCAAGUCCGUGUUAUUACGGUAAUGAAGAGGACAGACAGAGCGUUGAGUUAAAGUUUGGUGACUUUGUGGACUACUAUCAAGCCACAUUCAAUAAACAGACACAUUGGCUGCAGACGGUAGACGAUCUGGAAUUUUAUCUGGCCCAGUGCCCCAUAGCUAUGCCACAAUCUGAUGAUACAUGCACCAAAGCGAUCUUGCCCGCCAUUAUGCAUGAUAUCUGCGUACCCGAGUGUCUUCAUAAAAAGCCUGUCACCCAAGUGAAUCUCUGGAUGACUGUGCUACCUGGCCGAACGACGCUGCACUAUGAUGCGUAUCACAACAUUGUGGUCGUUUUGUACGGAAGAAAAACUAUUACACUAUAUCCCCCAUCCGACACUGCAAAAGUAUAUCCGUAUCCGGUUCAUACCAAGUCCGUGAAUCACAGCCAAGUGAACACCUCUCAACCGGACCUCGAAAAACACGCACGCUUUGUAAAUGCAUCGGCUCAGCAAUUCGCAGUCGUAGCUGGUGACGCACUUGUGAUUCCGGAAGGGUGGUGGCACAUGGUGGACUCGGACAAGUUUACUAUUGCUAUCAACUACUGGUGGAAUGGCGUGCGAGAACAACUCGUAGCAGAUAAACGCAUGGUGCCUUACUACGCCCGUGUGAUGCUGGAAGAACUGGUCAAGCAGCAAUGCGAGGCGCGUCUUCUUGCCUUUCGGUCUUCAUCUCGGGUAGGUAUCGUUGCAAACUUUGAAGAUGCAGAUCAAGUAGCAGCUGCGUAUUUGGCGUCAAAGGAUCAAGGCUAUCGUGAACAGGUGUUGUUGUCACUGGAACGCAAUAUUUUUGUGAAAACACAACGGUUUCUAGCAGUGAACAACGUUAUAGAGUGGCGAAAACUACUUGUAAAUGCAAGUGUGGACUUGGCUGCUGCCUUAGUUGAGUGUUGGGAAAGUGUGGAUAUUGAACCUGAUACUUUAGGCGAGCUAUUUGGCGCUCUUGAAGAUGAGGAGGUAGAGUCGUUGAAAAAGCUAAUAGCUGCCAAACAAGCCCAGUUCCGCCGGGAAUGUGCUGCCGACAUGUAUCAAUCACUGUUUGGCUAG